CAGGGCGAGCUCUUUAGGCCAACGGGAUAUGAAAGGCAAACAGCCUGUCUUCUUUUGUUUUAACAUCUGACGCGUGUCCCCUGCAGGUCUGGGCCACGCAGCUGGUUGCUUGGGAGGACAGCACCGAUCCUGCCACUCUCCGCCAGACCCACAGCGAGGAUGGGCACGGUCCUCUUUGUUCUCUUUGGCCACGGGCUCCUAUGGUGGGCACCCUCCUGGGCUGGUGAAGAGGCAGCAGUCCAGUGCUUGGGAACAGCUUGCUACACCGUCCACUGGGGCAAGCACAAUUGGGCUGGUGCCCAGGACCAGUGCAAGAGCAACGGGGGCAACCUGGCCAGCGUGAAGAGCCAGGACGAGGCACAGCUGCUUGGUGACCUGCUAGCCCCAGAUGAGGUGAGGGCACCGGGGCUGGUGAAGCUGUGGAUGGGGCUGCGCCGGGAGAAGGGCAAGUGCUAUCAGAGGCACCAGCGCCUCAGGGGCUUCAGCUGGGCCUCCGGAGGGGAUGACGCUGACUACAGCAAAUGGCACACGGAGCCGCGGGAGACCUGCACGGCCCAGCGCUGCGUCACCCUGCGCCUGGAUCUUGCCUCCCGGGACUCCUGGGAGCCCACCUGGACAGACGGCCCCUGCAACGACUUGGGGGUGAGCGGCUACGUGUGCAAGUUCAGCUUCCAGGGCAUGUGCCGCCAAGUGGCGCUGGCCGGGCCGGGCUCGGUGACCUACAGCACCCCGUUUGGGGCCGAGAGCGCCGCCCUGCAGGCCGUGCCCUUCGGCUCGCUGGCCACGGUGGAGUGCGGGCCAGGCGGCGAGCAGCCGGGCAGCUUCUUCGUUUGCCAGAAAGGGGACGGGGGUGUCUUCAUGUGGAGCAGCCCGGGGCCCCUGUGCGCCGGGCCCGAGGGGGGCUGCGCCUACCGCAACGGGGGCUGCGAGCAGCGCUGCCGGGACCUGCCGGGCGGCGCCGUGAGGUGCUCGUGCGAGCCGGGCCAGCGCUUGGGCGCCGACGGCGUGAGCUGCGCCGCGCCCGACCCCUGCCUCUCGGCGCCCUGCGGCGCCGGCACCUGCGUGGCGGAGCCCGGCGGUUUCCAGUGCCGCUGCCCGCCAGGCUACGCCGCCGCCGCCCCCGCCCCCGCCCCGCCUGCCUGCACCGACCUGGACGAGUGCGCGGCGCGGCCGGCGCCCUGCGAGCGCGGCUGCCGCAACACCCCGGGCGGCUUCUCCUGCACCUGCCCCGCGGGCUGGGCGCUGGCCCGCGACGGCGCCUCCUGCCUGCCCGCCACCACCCCCAGCAUCACCCCCGGCACCACCCUCGGCAUCACCCCCGGCACCACCCCCGGCAUCACCUCCAGCAGCACCCCCGGCAUCACCCCCAGCACCACCCCCGGCAUCACCUCCAGGAUGACGGCCAGCACCAGCCCCGGCAGCACGGCCAGGAGGAGCGCGCUGCCGAGCGGGGCGGCGGGCGGGCGGGAUGAACCGGCGCCCAGCCCCGAGGGCGCGGGCCGGGCGGAGGACGGCUCGCGCGUGCUGCUCUACUACCUGGCGGGCAGCCUGGCGCUGCUGCUGCUGCUGCUGGCCUGCGCGCUGCUGGUGGUGGCGCGGCAGCGGCGGCGGCGGGCCGGGGGGCAGCGCGGCAAAGCCCGCAGCGCCGCCGACGGCUACUGCUGGGUGCCCGAGCAGGCGCCGCCUGCGGGCACGCGGCCCCGGUAGAAGCUGGGGCUGGGGGAGGCGCCGGCCCCUGCCCCUGCCCUGGCCUGAUGGGGUGGGGACGGCACCGCUUGGGGCCCGGCUGGAGGCAGCCGCAAAUGGCCUGCCUGGUGCUCUUGUGCUUGUUGGACGUGCGGGAGCUCGAUGCCCCCUGAAAGGCCAGAGCCCUGCUCAGGUACCUCGGCCUGGCUGGAAAGCCGGCCCGCCGCUCUCCGCUCGCCCCUUCUUCUGGGGCGCUGUCCAGGCCCGCUGUCCUUGAAAUGGCUUUGUAUGUACAUACACGCACACAUGUGUAUAUAUGCACACAUGCGCAUGUGUGUAGAUGGGUGUGUGUGUAUACACACACACAUGUAUAUACACACACAUGCAUGCAUAUACACACACAUACACAUACACACCAAUAUAUGUAUGUGUAUAUAUACACACUGUGUGUGUGUAUACACAUGUGUAUGUGCAUGUAUAUACAUGUAUAGGUGUGUGUGUUUGUAUACACACAUGUAUGGUGUGUGUAUACAUAUAUAUGCAUAUGUGUGUGCAUAUAUAUACAUAUAUGUAUAUGUAUGCGUGUAUACACAUAAACACAGAUAGAUAGAUAGAUAGAUAGAUAGAUAGAUAGAUAUGUACACAAUCCUAACAACACUACCUUUAGAAAGUUACUCAUGUACACAAGGAUUUUCAGAAUUGAUCAAAAACAGUUUAUAUUGUUAAAAACCAAUGAACUUCAUUGUUUAGCUUGAUUAUUUUUUUCAAAAUAAAAGAUAGAUCCAGGGGCAAAUAUUUGCCCUAUUGAAAUGUGUGUGUAUAUAUAUAUAUAUAUAUAUAUAUAUAUAUAUACAUAUAUAUAUAUAUAUAAAAACAUAUAUAUAUGUUUUAGCGGCAGCCAUAUAUGUGUGUGUGUACAUAUUUCAUAUAUAUCACGUGUGUGUGUGUGUGUGUAUAUAUAUAUAUAUAGUGUGUGUGUGUAUGUGUGUGUGUAUAUAUGUGUGUGUGUGCGUGUGUGCGUGUGUGUAUAGCUGCAGCUUAAACUUGAAUACCAGUCAACCCGUUUGAGAAAAUAAGAAACCAAACAUUAUCCAACUUUGACCUUAUUCACACUGGCUGUCUCUAAAUCCUAAAGAAUCAGACAGAGAACUUUGGGUAUGAGCCCUGCCCUGCCCCCCGACUCAGGAAAUGGCAUUUACUUGUUUGGUUUUAGAAAAAAAUGAAUGAAAGUCUUUAAUUUUUCACUUGAUUUUCUCCACUUUCAUUUUAAAAAUAAACAUGUGCAAACACACUUUCCCCCACACAAUAGUCCUGUGUAAGUACCAAACAAAAUAUUUCCUAAUUUCCAUUAAAAAUCUGCAUGGGAGCAGUUAAUCAGCUGUUUGGAUCAAGAUCUCAGUCCUGUUCCCAUGGAAAUCAAUGUCAAUACUUUUACUGAUUUCUAUAGGGCAAAUAUUUGUCCCUGGAACUCUUUUUUAUUUUUAGAAAAAUAAUCACACUGAACCCUGAAUUUGUUUUUUUUUAACAAUAUAAACUUUUUUUAGAUGAGAGUCUACAAAUACUUGCAUAUAUGAUUAACUAUGAAUUUUAUGUUGCUAGGAAUGUGUUCAAAAUUUCUCACAUCCAUAUCUAGAGGCAUCUUGAGAGAGCUAUUGAAAAUGUGAUCUCUCUAUACCUGGUAUUGCGCACACAAAUCACCUGCACGUGCAUCAAGGCCCGCACUGAGUUCAGUUGGUAAGGAUGUGAGGACUCUUCAGUUAAGUUAAAAGGUGUGAGACAAGUGAACAAGAGAGAAAGUAUGAGGGCAUAAGGUGAGAAAAAGUAUUUGAGGAAGAACUAUCUGCUUCUAAUUAACAGUUACUUGAAAGGACAGAAGAUAAUCCCUUUCCAUAAACCAAACUAAUACCCAAGCCCAGUCUACAUCUUCAUACGGUUAGGCAGGAUUUCCUCAUGAUUGUCUGUGUGAGAGAAGCCUGUAAAUAGUCUAGAUUGGACAUAUUUGUCCUCCCUCCAGCUCCUCUUGGAUAGGUUAGAAUAGCCCUUGCAGAAUUCAGUAUCAUUCUCUGGCCCUACAUGGGUGUGCAGGGCAAGGGGAAGAAACAUAGAUCUGCUAUAACCCCUUGCAUGUUGCAUGUAAGGCCAGUCACAAUCUCAGCCCCAGCUUUUAUUGCUGUGAAAGUGGUGAGGAGGAGAUGGAACCCUGGCCCUCUCUCCUUUUGCACCAGCCUGAUGCAGGGAGCAGGGUUGUUGUUGGGAUGCAAAUAGUGCCCUUGGUUUCCAUGGGGCUCUGUGCGUGAGCAAGGGUCCUGUGAUCUCCCCUAAACAGAUGCUGCAGCCGACUGUGCCUUCACCUAAAUCUACCUCUGUUGCUUUGUGCUUUACUGAAUAUCAGACUCUUUCAGUUAUUCCAAGGGAAGUCACAGAAUCCUAUAGCUUGAAAAAUUAGUCUCAGCAAAGCAUCUAAAAUAAUGGAGAGGGUCAGUCUGGUUUGCCAAGAAGGUGGUCAUGGAGCCAUAGGUCAAAGAGGUCCUUCUCUAUUAUACUGAUUGAAUGUGUCUCUAGGAUAAAGAGGGCUUUGUUUACCUUCCUUAACCUAGAAACCUGGCAUAUCUCCAGUUUAAUAGCUUUAGGCUGUUUAUAGACAAUUGGGGGUAUUCUGGGUGUGGAAUUAUCAGUGGCAUGUGUGCACCUCUUUUCACUCUCACACACACAUCGGGCUGGAUCAAAGGAAAGGAAGGCUUUCCUUUAAAUUCAUUGAAAGUUGGAUCAGGCCCUAAUAGGGAAAAUAUAUGAAACUGUCAUGUAUUUUAGAAAAACAGUAUUAGACAGAAAUGUGUACCUAUGCUAACACACUUUCUUUCGUUAGUACAUUUUUUAAAAUAGAUUGUAAAUAUUAUGUGGGUGAUGUGAAAUUAAGAGCAGGGAAGCAACAAUUAAUGUGUUUGUUUUCUUGUGCUGCUGCAAGUGGGUUAAGGAGUACACUUUAAAAAUUACUUUCAACAAAUUUAUCUUGUUAAUGUUUGGUGUUGCUAAAAAUGAAAGAAAUCAAUAUUUGGUUUGAGGUUUUUUUGAGUAUUAGUAUAUGCACUGUGCUUCUCCUGCCCCCAACAUGCUAUAUAGCUACCAACAUAUAGUGAUUUCUCCCAUAUCUUUGUAAAAGAUUCCCAGUGUAAUUACCUUUGAUCUGCCUACAGCUUAACAUUUUUGGUCCUGUAUAUUUUGUAGUAAAACAUUCCUGCCAAGCUGUGAACACCUGGGGUUUUCUUUCCUCCCUUAACCCCAAGUGAUGUAUUUAUUUUGUAGGAUUUACGGGGCCAUUCACCACUGUGUUAUUCCAUUGAUAUACCAAGCAGAGAGCAUAUCAAACCUGAUAAAGCAAAGGUUUUCAAAAGUGACUGUAAUGAGUUAAAGUGCCUCCACUUUUGGGUGGUCAACCUGGAGCCCAUGAAAGGAGCCUAAUUUUCAGACAUUUGGUUGGUCUGCACUUUAUAAAAAACAGGUCUUUUUAUCUGUGUAGACUGGACACCUCUAAACCUGAGGUGCACCCCAAACAUUUUAGAAAAUCUUCAGCUUUUGAGCAUCUAAGGUAGAGGGCACUGUCUUGGUUUCAAGUCAAUGGCCAUUUUAUCAUUUACUUUAGUAGAGUGGAACCAAUCCUAUAUAACUGAAAAAUGGUGCUAAAAAGAAAAAAAGUAUGUGCUUAUGUGCUUUAUGUGGGCACAAAGUAUUUCUGAAAACCAUAGAGCUUUUAAUGGAGAUGAAAUUGUGACAAAAGAGUUAGCUGUGAGCCACAGCCUACAUCCUGUUCUUUAGCAUGAGGAGGAAAACCCUUUCCUGCUGUUUUUCUUUUUCGUCUAUCCAUUGUAAAAUAAAGAAAACAGGAAAGCAUAGCUUCUAGCAUCUGUCAAUGGGUUUAAUGCACUGUACAUACUUUCUUUUCUCUAUACAAUAGUUGAAGGGAGCAGUGUAUCCAACACUGGCGUUUUUGGAAGGCUCACAGAAAAUGUAUAUUCUUUUUUUCAUUAUGACACUGGGCUAGCUGAGCAUUUAAGCACAUGAGCAACUUAAAACAUGCGAGGGAAUGUGUUUUCUUCAAGUUACUUGCAUGCAAGUGCUAUGCUGGAUCAGGGCCUAUUGCAACAGUCACAGUCACGCCAACAUUUUUUGAGAGUCUGGGAUUGUCAGACUAACUUUAGCAGAAGACAUGGUGUUUUCAGAAUGUUUAUAUCUCAGAGUUUUCCCCCAUUCAUUUUAUGGGCAAGGUGUCUAAUUAUUUCCGUGUUCUCCCUUUUAAUCCAAAAGAAAAGGGAAACUAGAAUGUAGAAACAUAGCAUCAUAAAACUGCUGUAAAAUGUCAGCUAAGUUAUUUAUUUGUAAAGGUAAAUCUGCCACCCCAAAUUCUUGUAAUGCUGUGUAUAUUUUAAAUGUUCUGGUUUGUAUUGCAGAGGGAUUAGAAGUGGAAAAUUCCAGUUAGUGAGAUCUGCUGAAAAUAUUAAUUGGCUUUGUAUCUGGGCUCAAAUUUUACUGCUCCUUACCUCACACAUGCUUUUGAAGCCAAAUUCAUUCCUAAUGUAGCUACUUUAAACUUAGCGGAGUUGUACCAGGAAUGAAUUCAGCCCUUGAUUUCUUUCUGCUAUGAAUAAACUACCUUGACUCAUUUCUUCCUUUUGAGGGGUUGAUCUAAUGCCCAGUGAAGUCAGUGGAGAGACUCCCAUUGAUCUGCAUACGCUAGGGCAGAUAGCAGUGUCACUGACUAAAUGGUGAAAAGAAAGUGUUCUGUUCUCACAGAGCAGCCUUGGGUAUAGCCAGAAUUCAAGAUCUCCCAGAAAUCAAGAGCUAAAUUCAUUCCUGGUAUAAGUCCAUCAAGGUUAAAGUAGCUACAUAAGGAAUGAAUUUGGCUUCAAGAGCCUGUGUGAGGUAAGGGGCAGUAAAAUCUGAGCCCAGAUACAAAGCCAAUUAACAAAGCAGAGUUAACACUAGUUUUCAGCUGCAAGAAGGCUUCUGCUGAGACUCAGCAGCCAGCAGAAGGCCUUGUCUAUACAUGCAGAAGGCAUGUACAGACAAGCUGCAAUGCACGGUUGAUGAAGUGGAGGUGUGUGGAUCCAGCAGAAGCUGCUGAGGUAUGUAUGUUUGCUAACAGAAGCCCUUCAGUGUAGACAAGACCUUCCUGCAUUUGGCAGAAUUGAUGGAACUCUGACAGCAGAGAGGAGGGUUCUGCUUCUGCGGAGGAGCUUUGGGUGCAGGCAUACUUCUAGUUUUGCCAGCGAAGCUUUGUAGUGUAAAUGUGGCUGGAUAAGCUAACAUGCACAAUGCUCUCAAAGCAUCAAGUGCUUUGUAAGUGCUAAGUUUUUUUGUUAUACCCCUCUUAUGAGGGGUUAACACAGUCCUCAGUCUAAUGGGAAUGACACAUGUUGGUGCCUAAAUCAGAAUACAUUCUAAAAAAAAGUCCUGUUCCUUAUAAUUAACAUCCCUUCAACCAUGUUCUAAUUGUGUAUAGUUAGUUGUGAUCUUAUAAUUGCUUUUAAACAAAUUUCUUCUUUCUAUAACACUAAAUAACAUUAUCCCUGUGGCUACGUCACUGUUUUUGAUGAAAGAAUGUACUAAUAAAAUCUCAACAAAACGUGUCAUUUGUACUUUUGAAAUACACACUGUUAGUAUCUGUU